GUUUUCACGACAAAAAACAACAUUUUCUUAACCUCUAUUUGUAGUAUUUGUUUAGAACGAGGCUAUGGCUAAUAGAUAUAUAUCCGCGAUGUCCCGGCAGUUAUAAAGCUAUCAGAGAUUUGGAUAUACCAAAUUUAACACUUCCAGGAAUACAUGGCACCAGUGGCGGGAUAUUCUAGUCUAAGAAAAUCGAUAUUCGCACCAAACAGAGUUACGCGCCUUUAAACCAUUGCUUGCAUUACUUGAACGGUGUAAUCAAACUUAUAAUAAUUUAUGCUCGAACAUAGCAUAUGCGUCAUUAUAGGGCUACAUGGGAUUGUAUUCAGAAAAUUCCCUUAGAAUGUCCGCCAUGUUCGUCAAAUAAUAUCCACAUUAUGUAAGACUAAGCUUUCAAAAAAUCUUUUGAAACGUUUGAUAGCCAAACUGGGGUGAAGAGAGUCGACAGAGAGUUGCUGUCUCCAGAUUUUCGUCCAAGUCGCAAGGUUGUGUUAAAGAAAGACAAAUGUUGUUACGGGCCCAAAUGGCGGGUAUCGAGUUCUAUGAUGCCGUAUUAAAUAACGAACUGCAGUUAUUGAAACGUUUAGUGACACAGCACAAGCUUGACCUAAACGCCAAGUUUGUGGAGGUCAGAAAGAAAAACCAUUCUGACCUGUGUCCAGUUCACCUGGCGUCAUAUCGGGGCUACACGUAUAUGCUGCAAUAUCUCAUAGAAUCCAAAUGUGAUGUUAACAGAACGACUACCACACUGAGAAGGACAGCUCUUCAUUUUUCUGUUCUUAGACACAAGAUAGCAUGUAUGUUGUUAUUAAUAGCUGCUGGAGCCAAGCUAGAUGCCAAAGACACCUUUGGCAACUCCCCUUGUCAUUAUGCUGCAGAUGAUGGCUACUGUCAAAUUUUGGAUGUGCUAAUUCGGCGUGGAGUCAAUGUCAACAGCAAGGACAUUACGUCGAAGACACCAUUAAUGAAAGCAGUGCGUAACAACAAGACUGAUGCAGUUCUGCGUUUAUUAAGAGCCAAUUCGGAUUUGAAUAUAACAGAUCGGAAUAGCGAUAUGGCCUUACAUUAUGCGGCAAGAAAUGGUUGUGUGGACAUAAUUGAUAUUUUACUCUCCGCUGGAAGUUUGAUCGAUGUUCAGAAUUAUUGGGGCCGGACCCCUUUGAUGGAAGCUGUGUGUUAUAAUCACCGGGAAGCCAUCGCUCGAUUGAUUGAGGUCAGUUGUGAUUUAAACCGUCGAGAAUUCAAAACGGGCGACACAGCACUACACAUUGCGAUUAAAAGGAACUAUAGUGCUGUUGUUGAUCUUCUGCUGGCUGCAGGAAGUCGUCACGAUAUAUACAACCACCAGGGGGAGACUGCAGCUUACGAUGCUGUAGUAACCAAUAAACUAGACAUCAUUCGAUUGAUGAUUAUUUCUAACUGUGAUAUCGACAUCCCAGCCAAAUACUUCCCCAAUGGUGUAUACAAGUCAAUAUUUCAGCUAGCUGCCGAGAAAGGCCAUUAUGAGAUUUGCCGUUUACUGGCAUCACUAGGGUACGUGGAUUAUGCCGCGCGUGAUAACUUUUAUACAAACUAUACCCCAUCGUCUCGUCCUAAUGAACAGGACGAUCUGAUAAACUUGCUUAGGAGCAGUAUGCAAUCUGUGGUCAAUCUGCAACAGUUGUGUAGAAGAUGCAUCAGAAAAAGAGCCGGGCACAAUCUCUCUGACAAAAUCGAAAUCCUACCCAUGCCCCGAGCACUUAAAGACUUUCUGUUCAUCAAAGAAUUAAGCUGUAAAAAGGCAAAUUAAAUGUUGUGAAGACAUGGAAACAUGACCAAUGAGGACGAAGUGCUGAUUAUACAUUUAAUUUGAAUUAAUUAACUAUGGUUUGUUUUAAUAAUUGUUAUGGUUUUGGGUAAUAUUUUUACGGAAUUCAACGAAUUCCAUUAAAUAUUUACUUCUGAAGAGAUUUUAAUUACUGUUGUCUGUUAAAUACUGGAUAUAGAGGGUUUAAAAGCAUCUUGUUAAGUUAUGUGCAUGUUAAUGGUUGACUAUACCAAGUUGAAGAUUUUAAGCGUUCCGUUCACAGUAGUGUUGGCUAGAAUGUACUAAAGGGGGAGCCUUGGGCCAGAAAUAACUUUGGGAAAAUCUCUGUGUUUUUUGAAACAAAUGCCCCUCUCCUAAUUCUGAAUUAAUGCCCUUGAUUUAGGUCGAGGUACAACAUUCCCAGUACCAUUGCUCCCCCCUCAUCUGAGAUCUUUGGGCCCGAUUAUUUCUGCUGCGGUAAAACUUUUAUCUGAACUAAAUUUGAGUCUAUUGUUUUAAAUAGCACUCUUGAGAAAUGUCUGUAUUACUUAAUUGUGAUAUUUCAUUCUCCAUGUGAAUGAAUAGACAUUCUGGCUCGCUCUAUAAAUUCUAACAUGAGUCCCCUGUCCUAGUGGGAAGCUUAAGCCCCUCCCAUCCCUCCUUCCUCCAUUUUCUCGUGUCCGACCACGCUACUGUUCGUUAAUUAAUGUAAGUAAUGACUGACAUUUAUGAUGUACAUUUUUCAUGCGGGUUUAAAUUUCGUCUCUGGACGACAACACUGAUACUAUGACCUCAUUCAUUAUGUGUUAUAUUAAAUUUAUUUAUUCUCAACAAA